CGUUUCGUCGCCUCUCGCUCAAGGGCGACCCUUUAUUUUUUUGGUUAUAUUUGUUGACUUUAAGAAAGGAUAUACAGUAAUAUGCGAGCGCGGCCUUUCAUUCUAGCGGCCACUCGCACCCUGAUAACGACAACGACCGAGAGCUCGCAGGCCUGGCAAUGUUUUGUAAGGCAAUCACAGGUUACGUACAACAACGACAUCACCACGGCGCUUGUGCCAGGCUAGGUGCACCACCGUGAGGCCACGCGGAAGGAGCUUGAGCGUCAUGGCAGCGCAAGAACGAAUGAGUUCCAGCCACCGGUUGUUCCUUCAAAAAAUGAUGGCACACGGGUGCUUGGACGUUGCCAGCUCUGUAAAAGUGCACAAGGAAUGCUGCCACCAGUUUAAAGAACAUUAUGCACAUGACCAGCUGGAUGCAUUUAUUGGCGUUAUCAACAACCACAUCCGGCCCUUCUUCAUGGUGAUCAAAAAGGGAACCUCUGAGGAGGAUGGGAAAACGCACUACGCCUUGAUUAAUAUCGAACAAAAUGAAGUUACUCUCUUGGCUUCUGAUUACUCAGAGGUUGAGCUUGAACUCUUCAACAAAACAAUGGAGCUAAUAGUCGACAGCGGAGUGGGUAUGGCCUCCUCUAUGGACAUCCUGAACCUGGUUGACCAGCUGCAGUGCAAGAAGAUGAAGAAGGGCAGUGCCGAGUUGCUGCUGCAGCGCCUGGUGCAAGACAAGUGGCUGUGCAUGGAAAAUGGAUAUUUAAGUUUAAGCCCACGCUGCCUCAUUGAAAUGGAUCCUUUCAUUCGUAGUCGCUUCAGCAAUGUUGAAAUCUGCUCCCUUUGUCACAAAAUCGCCCUGAAGGGCCAAGUCUGUUCCAACUGUAGCGUGAAGGUCCACGCUCCGUGUUCUGCCAAGUUCUUCAAGAGGAAUCGGUCUCGCGUGUGCCCUCGCUGCAAGAGUCCCUGGAUCAACGAGCCCCCCGACGAUGAAGGCAAAAGUUCAACGUCUUCAGAUGCCAUGGAGCUAUAAGUCUGCAAGAUGUACAGAUGGUGCAGCGAGUUGUGGUUACUGUGUACGUUCUUGUGCUUUACACUUUUUGGAUAUUUGAGACUUUUAAGUCAUUACAGUAAAACCUUGGAUUGCGAGUAACUUGGGUCUGCGAGUGUUUUGCAAGAUGAGCAAAUAUUUAAAAUAAAUAUUAAUUUGAUAAACGAGCGAGGUCUUGCAAUACAAGUAGUGUAUGUGUACGCUUUGUCUGCCGAGCAUCACGUGAUCACAACUGAUAUACGAGUGCUUUGGAUUACAAACACGUUUCCGGAACGAUUUAUGCUCGCAAUCCAAGGUUUUACUGUAUGUGGUUCUUAUUCCAGUGAGUAUUUUUCAUGCUAAAUACGUUAUGACAAAAAAUUGUCAAAAUCAAUCCUGAAUACAGUUCGCCAUAAGCAAAAAUGAAUCUAAACAAAUGAUUCAUAAUUCGUUUAUUUUUCAGUCAGAUGAUGUAGAUGUACUUUCAGAUUUAAAUAUAACCGCCCACCAUCCGACAGAGCCAAUGAACUCGGGUCAGCACGUGGUUAAAUGUGCCAAGUGAAUUUUGUUUUCAACAAACCGGAACAUUGAAAAGCAAGCAAUAAUUUGAAAAUCGUACAUACUGUUUCGCUGGAGAUUACAACUAGAAGCUCAGCUGUGGCCGUGGCGUGUUGUGAAUCUUAACAUUGGUCUUGGAAGCCUUUGUAUAAAAUUGUCAACUAAUUCAUGAAUGAACUGGACCGUAGUUUAAGUUUUUGCUGAAUCGCUUAUUUUGAGUGUUGAAACUCUUUCACAAGCUCGUCUGAGGUGGCUUGCAGACAGCAGAAUAGCGAGUGGGUUUCGUAAACCUGUUUUGAUUGACUUGUAUCCAUUUCCUUACAUGCAUAGGGAUUCUCAGAAUGCCAAUUUCUUCACACGUGCAAAAAAAAAAUCCCCCCGUCAACACAUUUCUGCCGAACAUUCCGAUGCAGGUCCCUUGUGAAAAUAUUCUUGAGACCGAGACGUUUCUUAAUAAAGGCUAUUUAAAAUCAA